AAUUAUUUCUCCUUUUGUCACACUGACUCGCUUCUCUCACGGAAAAAGCAAAAAAGAAUCGGCGAUCAAUGAAGAAAAGGAGAAAAACUUUCAAAAAGAAUUUAAAACAUUUGUUUCAUAACAGACAGCAGAUCUUUGUGAUUCUUCUGGUUAUUUAUAUUUUGAAACCUUGAUUUUUAAACCUUGAUUCAGAAAGUGAAAGUAAAGUUUAGAUUUGUGGAGGUCAAACAGUGAAAAUGGCUUCACUAUCUGAAGAUGAUUUUUCUUGUCCCGUGUGUCAUGAAAUCUUCAAGACUCCUGUUCUUCUGUCAUGUAGUCACAGUUUCUGUAAAGAGUGUCUUCAACAGUACUGGAGAACCAAGGAAACUAAGGAGUGUCCUGUCUGCAGGAGAAGAUCCUCGAAAGAGGAUCCUCCAGUUAGUCUUGCAUUAAAAAACUUGUGUGAGUCGUUCCUGAAGGAAAGAAAUGAGAGGCGUUCAUCAGGAUCUGAGGAGAUCUGCAGUUUGCACAAUGAGAAACUCAAACUCUUCUGUCUGGAGGACAAACAGCCUGUGUGUUUAGUGUGCUUUACUUCACAGAAACACGUCAAUCACACAUUCAGACCCAUCAGUGAAGUUGUUCCUUCAUAUAAGGAGGAGCUAAAUACAGCAUUGAAGUCCUUACAAGAGAAACUGAAACAAAAUAAAAAAAUUAAAGGAGAGUUUGAGAAAACAGUUCAACACAUCAAGUCUCAAGCUGAGCACACUGAGCAUCAGAUUAAACAGCAGUUUGAGAAGCUUCAUCAGUUUCUCAGAGAUGAAGAAGAAGCUACAAUCACUGCACUGAGGGAGGAAGAGGAGCAGAAGAAACAGAUGAUGAAGGAGAAGCUGGAGGAAAUGAACAGACACAUCUCAGCUCUUUCACACACAAUCAAAGACAUGGAGGAGAUGAUGAAAGACAAUGACGUCUGCUUUCUGAAGGAGUUUCCAGUCUCAAAGGAAAGAGUCCAGAUCUCACAGCCGGAUCCACAGAUGGCUUCUGGAGCUUUGAUUCAUGUGUCACGUUACUUGGGCAACCUGCAGUUCAGAGUCUGGAAGAAGAUGCAGGACAUCGUCCAAAACACUCCUGUGAUUCUGGAUCCAAACACUGCAAAUCCAUCUCUCGUCCUGUCUGAUGAUCUGACCAGUCUGAUAUGGAGCUUGAACCUUGACAAACAACCUCUUCCUGAUAAUCCAGAGAGAUUGGAUAGUCAUCGCUGUGUUCUGGGUUCAGAGGGUUUUAACUCAGGAACACACUGCUGGGAUGUGGAGGUUAAAGGGACUGACUACUGGAGUCUUGGAGUAACUACAGCAUCAAACCAGAGGAAGGGACGUGAUUUCUAUAAGACUGAUGUCUGGAGUGUGUGGUAUGAGUCACCUUACCAUUACCCAGAAUUACAAAACGGACUGUUUGAAUGGUCUGGUUUUCUUGUUGAACAGAAUCUUGAUCGUGUGAGAGUUGAUCUGGAUUAUGACAGAGGAAUGGUGUCAUUCUUUGAUCCUGUAACUAACACACAUCUACACACAUUCACAACCACCUUCACUGACACACUCUUUCCUUUCUUCUGUUGUGGUUAUAAUUCAUCUAUGAAGAUCUUACUGGUCAAUAGUCAUCUUUUACACUCAUCAUGUUUUUAAUAUUUGUAUGUGUAAAACUUCUCAGAAAUGCUCUUAAAGGGAUAGUUCACCCAAAAAAAUGAAAAUCCUGUCAUCUUUUACUCACUCUCCCUUAUGUUGAUCCUAACCUGUAUGAGUUUCUUUCUUCACACAAAAGUGUAAUGUGGCUGUUAUCUGACUGGCUU